CACUGAGAGAGAUGGGUAUUAUUUCCCAGAAGUAAAUACAGCUCAGCUUGUACUUUGGAAUUAUUGAUCAUCCUCGCCACUUGCACAAUCUACUUGCAGAGGUAACACAGCUCCUGAAUAUGAUCAUGGCAGAAUCUUGGGGACUCAUCACCAUCUACCUUUUUGGAUAUCUACUCAAUGCUGAAUGUACAGUUUUCCUCGAUCAUGAAAAUGCCACCAAAAUUCUGAAUCGGCCAAAAAGAUUUAAUUCAGGGAAACUGGAAGAGUUCAUUCGAGGAAACCUUGAGAGAGAAUGCCUGGAAGAACGGUGUAGUUUUGAAGAAGCACGAGAAGUUUUUGAAAACACUGAAAAAACUACUGAAUUUUGGAAGCAGUAUGUGGAUGGAGAUCAAUGUGAGUCCAAUCCAUGUUUAAAUGGUGGCAUUUGUAAGGAUAGCAUUGAUGCCUAUGAAUGUUGGUGUCAACUUGGAUUUGAAGGGCGGAAUUGUGAAUUAGAUGCAAGCUGCAACAUUAAGAAUGGCAGGUGCAAGCAGUUUUGUAAAACCGAUGCUAAGAACAAAGUGAUUUGUUCCUGUACGGAGGGCUACCAACUUGCAGAAGACCAAAAGUCUUGUGAACCAGCAGUGCCAUUUCCAUGUGGAAGAGUUUCUAUUCCAUCCGUGUCUAAGGAGCACAACCGUGCUAAUGCUAUUUUUUCUCGUAUGGGCUAUGUAAAUUUUACUGAUGAUGAAACCAUUUGGGAUGAUAAUGAUGAUGAUGAAACCAUUUGGGAUAACAGCACUGAAAGCACCAAGCCAUCUGAUGAGUUUUUUCGGGUUGUUGGUGGAGAAGAUGCCAAACCAGGUCAAUUCCCUUGGCAGGUCCUUUUGAAUGGUGAAACUGAAGCAUUCUGUGGAGGUUCCAUCGUGAAUGAAAAAUGGAUCGUAACAGCUGCCCACUGUAUUCUCCCUGGUAUUAAAAUUGAGGUUGUUGCAGGUAAACAUAAUAUUGAAAAGAAGGAAGAUACAGAGCAAAGGCGAAAUGUGACACAGAUUAUUCUGCACCAUAGUUACAAUGCAAGCUUUAAUAAAUACAGCCACGACAUUGCCCUUCUGGAGCUGGACAAACCCUUAUCACUGAACAGCUACGUAACACCUAUUUGCAUUGCCAACAGGGAAUACACAAACAUCUUCCUCAAAUUUGGAGCUGGCUAUGUGAGUGGCUGGGGAAAACUAUUCAGUCAAGGGAGAACCGCUUCAAUUCUUCAGUACCUUAGAGUUCCACUUGUGGACCGAGCCACGUGUCUUCGGUCCACGAAAUUCACCAUCUAUAAUAACAUGUUCUGUGCUGGAUUCCAUGAGGGAGGCAGAGAUUCGUGUCAAGGAGACAGUGGGGGUCCCCAUGUGACUGAAGUGGAAGGGACCAAUUUUCUAACUGGAAUUAUUAGCUGGGGUGAAGAAUGCGCAAUGAAAGGCAAAUAUGGAAUAUAUACCAAAGUAUCUCGGUAUGUCAACUGGAUUAAGCAAAAAACAAAGCUUACUUAAAUGGAAAAUCCAUUUCAAAUGUUGAUUCACUGGGAUUGAAAAUUAAUUGGGUACUUCACUCAUUAAUCACUUCUCUAUCUCUUGUUAGGUUAGAAUGUAUGCAUUGUAUAAAUAUUGAUUUUUCUCUUUACAAAAGAGAAUUCCAUCUAGAAUUUAUAUUUCACUAAAGUAAGUUGAUCAGAAAAUGUAAUCACUACAGGAAUGUAAUGUGUUAAAAAAUCAUGACCAUUUCUGUGGGCCCCACCCUUGACAAAGUUGGGAAGUUCAAUUCUCCACCCAGGUAGCACUGGAAAGGCUAAGUUCAGCAGUAGCACCAUUCCUUUUUCUCUACUCUUAUUCCCUAACCCUUUAUUUUUUUCCAGCUACUGAUCCCCAAGUCAGUUUUUCCCUUUCUCUUCCCUCUCUCCCUCUCUCGCUCCAGUCAUUAAAGGAGAGCAGGGGUACAUUCUCCUGCUUCAUUGCUGUACACAGCUGCACACGCCCACCAGACUCAGGCUGAAUUUCACUUCGGUUUCAGACUUACUGUUUAGAAUACAGAGGAUGAAAUAAGGUGGUUGAACAAUAUGAGGAGGGGCAAGUCCCUUUCAUAUAUAUAUAUAUAUAUAUAUAUAUAUAUAUAUAUAUAUAUAUGAAUUAGUCAUUUAGAAUCAUUCCCAAAAGGCUUGAAUUUCAUUUAUUACAAUGGUCUGACAAGGGACAACUCCAUGAAGGCAAAAUUGGCAAAGCUAACAUCAAACAGUAUGCAUUGCCCACUGUCCAAAGAAACAAUGCUCACAGAAAGGACAGUUUGCAACCUGGAACUAGCGCAAUCUUUAAGGAAAAAUGUAACAGUGUGUCUCUAGGAUGAUGCUACUCAAGCAAGAAGCUGCCGAGACCAGAGACCAGGAGCAUCGCAUCACUUGGGCUGGCAUACCCCUACUGAGGAGGACGGUGCAAUCAGUCAGCAACCUUCCCCAUGCUGAUCUCAAACUCACCAAGGAACGUCUUGAUUUCAUAAUCAUGGAAUUUUCUAGAAAAUUGCUGACCAACCAAGGUGCCUUUCCAUUUGUACACGUAAAAACUGGUGUUCUAGCUUGUACCUGGGCUUUUUGUGAAUUUAGUUGAUGCCAGUCAGUCACUUUGUAUUAGAUGGUGCUUCAAUCUGCUGAAAAACUAUGUUUUGAACCACUUUGUGCCCCCACCCACCUCCAGGUAGACCUUAGUCAUUGAUUAAAAUUCUUGUAGUUAACACUUCUUUGCUUUAGUCUUGCAAACCUAAGUAUCAAUAAACAUGUUUUAAAUUUC